UUCAAGCUGUCCAAUCUGUGGCAGAUGGGCUCCGACCACCACCACCAGCAUAGUAGACCAUGUUAACUGAACGGGCUUGUCCUAUCUAAGUAGGCCGAGCAAUGUACAGGUUGUAGCCAACGACUCCGGCCGGUCAACUCUUCACAAAGAGAGUCUGUAUGCUGUCUGUCGGUCUACCAAUAGUCCAGCCUGUGCAUAGCGACAUGCCCAAGUGCCCCACACAGAUUCAUCGAUGAUUUGGCCCAAUGCCCCAGCGCUCUAGAUGCCAGCUGCUCCCGAUAUUCUGCGUAAGGCCGACCUCCCAGGCCUUUCACACGGGUGCGCGUGUAGUACGACAAGUGUAAGCUUGACCAUGCGUUACAGACGACUGCAGACUUUGAUGCAGCGCAUCAUGACCUCAAGGCUCUUGUGCGGACUUGCGCGUAUGCAUUCAUGAUACCAAGUGGUUGUGGGACG